CGGCGCAGGUGCGAUGCAAAGCGCGGCGAAAAGUGGCGGGGAAAAAAAAAUUCCCACCAUUGCAGCCUGUCUCUUCCGCCGUCGCCAAGGUAGAGACUCUGCGUUCCCCCUCUCUAUCUCCCUCGGUUCUGAGAACCCAGAUUUGUUGAUCCGUCUCUCGUGCUGUGGGAUUGUAAGAAUCGAUGUGUGUGCUUCCCAAGUUCCUGACGGUUUUUGCCAGAUAACGCACCGCUCCUUGUUCAGUUGUUCGUCGCGGUAGAUUUUGCUUUUGGUUGAUUCGUUUGACCGUUUGUUUCGGAAAGCGAGCGUGCGAAUCGGAGGUUGGAGCAGAUGAUUUACCUCUAUCGCUGUGUAGGUAACUAGGUAUGGGUCAAGAUUGUCAUGGUGCCCCUGACUGCUUCAUUGAAGAAGACGACGAGGGAAUGGGGAACGGCAUGGAAGAUGUGGUUGACAAUGUGAACAAUGAAUUAGUUGAACAAGAAGAGAGCACUGGCAGCAUCCCUAGCCCGCUGUUCUGCACAACAAGGCCGAAUAAAAGGCUUCCGUCGAAGGUGUGGGAUGACUUCAUACCCACCUUUGUCGACAGGAAGGUCGUGCGGGCUGAAUGCAUGCACUGCCACAGGACCUUCAACUACAACAGCACCAAUGGAACUACUGGCCUGCGCAAACACCAGAGCAAGUGCAGCCCUGGGACUCAGAAGAGGCCAAGGCAGCAUGAGCAUACACCAUUGCCAUCUACACAGAAAAGCAUAGCAGCUGUCAGCUCUGACCCAAAACAGAAGAAGCUCCCAUUCCUUCCAUCUGGCCGAAACAAAUGCACGGGAACAUCAGAUGAAAUUCCUGUGCAGGAGCUUGCCUUCCCAGACACGCAUACUGACAAGAAUCAGAAAAAACAGGAGGUUGAUCAGAACGGGCCUCAUGAGAUGCUUGCAACACCUGAGCUUUCCACUGAUCAACAGAAGAACCAGAUUCAUGGGGAAAUUUUAUUGCCUGAGCAGGACUUUCCUAAUGACUUGAGUCAGAAGAAUCAGAAGGUUGAUCAGAACUGUUCUCCCGAAGAACUUGUAAGGAUAUUGGCCAUACACGGGCACCUACCAAGGAUGCUGGAGCAAGAUGGAUUCAGAAAGGCAGUCGCUUGCUUAAAUCCUAUGGUCAAUAUGCCAUCCCACUAUGACUUUACAGGAAACAUCUGUGACUUGUUUCAGCAAGAAAAUUCCAAGCUAAAGGACAGGUUAGCUGCUUUACAUACUCGGGUUUGCUUGAGUGCUUAUAUGUGGAAUUAUGAUCCACACUUGGCCUUCUUGUGCUUGAGUGUUCACUACAUUGAUGAUGAAUGGGAGAAACAGCAAAAGAUCAUCACAUUCUCUCCCAUGGACCCCUCUUGUGAUGCAUAAGAAUCUAGUAAUGUCAUAUUGGGGGCUAUUAGAGAAUGGGGCCUUCAUGACAAGGUUUUCAGCAUUACAGUGGAUGAUGCUUUCAUUGAUGAUUCAGUAACUUCAAAUGUCGAAGCCAGUCUACAGAAAUGGAACAAAGCUGGUGCAAAUCUGAACUUGUUUGUAGUACGUACUGCAACUCAUUUACUUGAUCAGGUUAUCCAGGUGGGACUGGAUGAACUUGACAGAAUCAUGGAGAAAUCAGCAAAGUGCACCAAGUAUGCAAAGGGUUCCAACCGUGUAGCAGUACGGUAUCCC